UCAUGCUACCAGUCGCUGGCGUUGAAAGCUCUUAUCUCGCUCUCCACACUUGUGUUACUGGGGCUCAUUCUGGCCUACCAUGCCUUGGAAAUACAGCUGUUUGCGGUCGACAACUGCAUUGAAGACUGGAGAAUCGCCAUUUCCUUGCGUCGUAUAGUACAGCUUCUAGUAGAGUUUCUAAUCUGCGCCAUUCACCCUGUUCCAGGAAACUUCACCUUCAUGUGGUCAGGAACGCUGGCAGAACAAGAGAGACCAUUUAGUAACGAAGUAUCCAUUGAUGUCAUUGUGUCGUUACCAAUGUUUCUCAGACUCUAUCUCAUCUGCCGUGUGAUGCUUUUACACAGCAAACUCUUUACUGACGCAUCAUCUCGGAGUAUUGGAGCUCUAAAUCGUAUUCAUUUCGACACCAAGUUUGUUCUGAAGACUUUGAUGACCAUUUGUCCGGGAACUGUUCUGCUAGUGUUCAUGUUGACGCUGUGGAUUAUUGCUAGCUGGCUUGUGAGGGCUUGUGAAAGACAUCACGCGUCGGAGCAUGCCAACAUCCUCAACUCCAUGUGGAUGGUAGCGAUAACUUUUCUGUCCAUUGGUUAUGGAGAUAUUGUGCCUAAUACAUACUGUGGCCGGGGUGUUGCCAUCUUCGUGGGGGUUAUGGGAGCUGGAUGUACUGCCUUAGUUGUAGCUGUGAUAGCCCGGAAGUUGGAGCUGAGUAGGGCAGAGAAACACGUGCAUUAUUUUAUGAUGGACACACAAUUGACAAAGCGGUUAAAAAACGCAGCAGCAAACGUUCUACGCGAGACCUGGUUGAUAUAUCGAUACACAAAACUCGUCAAGAAGGUCAACAUUAGCAAAGUAAGAAAACAUCAAAGAAAAUUUCUACAGUCUAUACACAG